AUGGCUAGCAGACUUCAACAAUUAGAGAAACAUUUGACAGGACGCAGUUCUGAAAAGGAUAUAAAGAGUAAGAAUCCGGACGAUGUGGUUGUUGUAGCUGCGUAUCGUUCAGCUAUUGGUAAAGGGUUCAAAGGAGGAUUCAAAGAUGUUAACACGGAUUAUUUACUUACACAGUUUCUGAAGGAAUUUUUUGAGAAAGUUGACAUUGAUAAGAGUGUCAUUGAAGAAAUUGCGUGUGGUAAUGUGUUGAAUCCCGGUGCAGGUGCGACAGAACAUAGAGCUGCGAUGUUAGCUGCUGGUUUGCCAUAUCAAACUCCGUUAGUGGCUAUUAACAGACAGUGUUCCUCAGGGUUAACUGCCGUUAACGACGUUGCAAAUAAGAUCAUUUCUGGGCAGAUCAAUGUAGGGUUGGCUAUCGGGGUGGAAUCUAUGUCUAAGAACUAUGGUCCGAAGGCUCUUGGGUCUAUAUCAAAUGAGUUGAAAUCGAACACGGCUGCUGCUAAGUGUAUGAUACCAAUGGGAUUUACUAAUGAAAACGUUGCUAAGAAGUUCCAAAUUUCAAGAGAAGACCAGGACAAAUUUGCCCUGGAGUCAUUCUAUAAAGCGGAAAGGGCUGUCUCACAGGGAUUGUUUAAAGAUGAAAUCAUCCCUAUUGAACUACCAGACGGAUCUAUAAUUGCGCAGGACGAAGGUCCUAGAAAGGGCGUCACUUUCGAAUCGUUACAAAAGAUUAAACCUGCAUUUGUGAAGGAAACAGGUGUGACAACUGCCGGUAACGCUUCUCAGAUAUCAGAUGGUGUUGCUGGUGUGUUGCUAAUGAGAAGAUCCAUGGCCAUGAAAUUGGGUUUGGAAAUCGUUGGUAAGUACGUUGCGUUCCAGGCAGUAGGUGUUCCACCUGAGAUCAUGGGUGUUGGCCCAGCAUAUGCGAUUCCAAGAGUCCUCAAAGACUGUGGUUUAAAUGUCAACGAUGUUGAUGUUUACGAGAUUAAUGAGGCCUUUGCAGGGCAGGCCAUUUUCUGUGUCAACCAUCUAAAAAUCGACAAGAAGAAAUUGAACCCAAGGGGAGGCGCGAUUGCCUUAGGUCAUCCUUUGGGCUGCACUGGUGCCAGACAAGUCGCUACCAUAUUAAGGGAAUUAGACGCUGGUCAAAUUGGUGUUGUUAGCAUGUGUAUCGGUACUGGUAUGGGAGCUGCUGCAGUCUUCGUCAAGGAGUGA